GGGGCGAUUCCUUCGACUCGCUUCAUAACCCAAAGACAAGCCCGCUGGUGGUGAACACUCAAGAAGGGCAUUCAUCCGCCUUAAUCUUGACCAUAUUAGUCCAUGCGCUGUUGUAGCGUUGUUGGAAGUACUUUGUCUUCUUUGUAAUUCCAUCUCGAGAUGCGUCGAUAGCUUGUCCUCUCCGGUACGGCACCUCAACUUAUCAAGUCAAGUUCCAGUCGAGAUCGCAGAUUGUUGUCCAUCGUCAACGAUGUUCAAGACCCUUCGUCCCACCUAGACGCUCUGCACGAAUCACGAUCUAUUCUGCCCUAGUUCCGCCGAAUCCCUUCGCUCGACUCGAACAUGCCUGCACCUACGAGGAAGAAUCUGCUGGGGAGCAGACGGCGACGGCAGGAUGACGGAGAGGAAGAAGAGUCGAUCAUCGGAGACUUUGCCGACUCCUUGAGUGAGGGCUCUGCAGUGAGUGAUGGUGACGACGAAGCGGAGGUUGAGGGUAGCGAAUUCAGCGAUGGGGAGCAUGCGCCGGCAGAAGAUACUUCCCCAGCCAAGAAAGAUAUUCCCUUGGAAGGUGUGCAAGACGUGGCUACUGCUCCAUCACAAGAAGCUGCUCCCAAGUCUAAUGGCGGGUUCCAACCCUCUACCGAUACUGAAGCAAUGUUGCAUGGGAUGAAUCAGACUGGACAAUUGCCACAGGUGGAAGAAAUACAGUUUGAAGAUCUGCUUGUUGGGGAAGAACGUGUUCCGAAAGCUGUUGUCAGCAUUCCAAAGGCACCUCGAGACGAGACUCCAGCUCAACGGAGUCGUAGGGAGCAUCAGGAAUACAUCAGACAGCGGAACGCUAACCCGGCCUUCGUGCCAACACGAGGAGGAUUCUUUUUGCACGAUACACGCACCGCGGCGUCAAACGGGUCAAAUCCUAGAUCUUUUAUCCGAGGCAGAGGUCGAGGGUAUGGCCAGCCUGUACACCCAGGCAGGGGUUACGGCUUCAAUGAGGCCACGGAAAAGCCGUGGGCUCACGAUUUACACGAGGGUCACGAGAUACCGCAGCUUCCAGAUACGUUGCCAGUAAAGCCAGCCGUGGUGUCACAGAAGGAACAAACCGAAAAGCCCACGCCCUCCACCGCCCCUAACAGGUCAUUUUCCUUCACGAGUGUCCUAGGAAACGUCACUAUUCAGAUCUUCCUGCCAGGCAUGGAACAAAAAAAGUCGAUCCCAAAUGUAGUUAGAAGACAGCACACCCUUCUGCCGCAGCACCGGCCCCCUCUCAGACGGGACAAGCCUGUUCGCAUAUCACUGCCAGACAUGACAGCCAGAUAUAUCUUCCCCAGCACCGAAAGGUCUUUCAUCUUCAUUCCGCGGGCCAUGCGACCAAACCAGCAAGCCUACGGACGUGGUCGAGGUAGAGGAAGCUUCCACGGCAGCCGUAGACCUAGCAUAUACGGCAGUGCUUAUACUCCAAGUAUUGCCAUGAGUCGCAAGUCAUCUAUUGGGGCGUCCACCAUGCGGGAUGGUAUCAUGUCUCCAGCCGAGUCUGUCAUGUCGCGUAUGGUUGGUCCUUCUUACGACACGACGCGACCCAUUGUACGCAUGCCAUCUGGAGGCCCUACGCCAUCUACUUCACGGACGGGUGUGCCACUUCUGAACGGGCCGGCGUCCACAAGUCAGACACCUGCGUUUUACGGCAGCCACUCGUCUGCGAUACCAAUGCAUCAGCCAAGGCCGCAGAAAGCCGUAUCUGUUGCAGACAUCGAGUCUCCGGCGUCACUCCCCUACAGAGCUCCACAGCAACAACAAGAACUACCGUUCCAUCAACAAGUCCCAUCUCACAUCCCCGCGCCAUAUAGUGACGACAAAGCUGCACAACAAACCAUGCCCGGGAUUGCUGCAACCACACCUCUUUCGCAGAUCCCAGAAGGUGCGGUUUUUGCACAAGGCUUCCAGCCAUAUCCUGCGAUGGGCGCGCCAACGUAUUAUGGUGGACAAUAUAACAACGGGCCAAUGUUCUAUCAGCCUUUAGCCGACAACGGUUCAUACGGUAUACCAAUGAAUGGUCCUGCCUUAGCUCCCAAUUUCAUUCCAGGAUCUCAAUCUCAUCCCAUCGGAUACCUGCCUGCUUCAGGACUCGCCGAUGGUAAUGGUACCGGAAACAUGGUUCCCCACGAAUCGAACGGCAUGGUGUACUACUACAAUCCUCCAAUGUAUACAUCGGAUACUCAGGGUGGUCUUCAACAAUUUCCUGGAGCUACCAACGGCAAUGUGGGGAUGAUGACAAACGGGAUGCCCUCCCAGCCAUUCUAUUAUUCUGGAGUACCUAACGGGAUGUUCUAUCCGGCAAACACAGCCUGAUCUGCGCUGUCGGUCUGCUGGCCUUCAAAUAAUUACCGAGCGUUGCAAGUUGUUCUGUCUAGCGGGUUGCGGUUUUCCUGUUGCAUUUGCAUUUUAUGGAGCGAUUCGGUUCGUCUGGUUUAACAGACAGGGUUAAAAGUGUCAAGGACUUCUAUCAAGGAUUUCCGUGGCCUGGGAUGUCCUCCUAUUGCGUUCUUGAUGUACAUUAUUUGAGUAUUUUGUCUAAAGGAUAUCUUCUGUGGCUGUUGCUGAAGACCACAAAACUUGGAGAACUCCAGGUUCAAGAUGAGGGUUGGCUGAAGAAUACAAGGUUGAAUUGAUGGAUUAUCUAUUUAAUUG